AUGUUCGCCCUUCAAUCCAAACAACAAGGCACAGACACCAAAGACAAUGAGACUUUGGGCAAUUGCACACCAAACAUCCUUCCCUGUCGGAUCCACCAUGAUGGACCUGCGAAAUCGCUCAAUAGAUACUGGAUGCCCAUUGCAGAUGAGAAGGACAAAGAUCUUCAGACGGCAUACUUCCGGGGUAGGAGGCUACGAGGCAGACAGGUUCAGAUCCCUGAGGGCUACGAGGGGGUUGUCGCGACGCAUACAGAUCGCGAGAUGCCAAAAGUUACGGACAGCGAAAGUACGAACGAGGAAGGUGAACAAGACGAGCCGGUUAAGGUACUACAGAAGCAAGCUACAUUUGGCGAAUACAUGGUUUGGGGGCACGAGACGAUUCCUGCGGCCGACGAUACGUUCGUCAAGGGGGUAGAAGAGUGGGUGAAGUUUGCUGAAGCGAUGCAUACUGAGAGUGGCAAGGGAAAGAAGUCUACGUGA